GGGCAGGAAGGCCGCCGACUUCGGCACCCAGCAGCAGCCUCCGCUUGACGGCGGCAUUUCCCGCCUCGCUGCCUCGAAAAGGCGCCGCCUGCUGCCCAUCCCCGCCCCUCUCUCUUCUUUUCAGGGCCAGCCAGCCAGAGGUUUAUGGGGACAGACGGAGGCGCCUCAGCCGCCUUCUCUCUCUCUCUCUCCGGCGGCAGCCCGAGCCUCUGCAGCGCCGCCUUUUUCCUCAGCAGAAAGGAAAACACACACAACACGCACACGCCCCACACGCUCGCUUAGUUGCAACCGGUUUGUACCGGCCGCCGGCUCUGGCUGCCUCCACACGGCAGCGCCUCCCCGCCGGAGGAUGAAAGGAGCCCGGGAGGGCGGCGGGGGAGAAAGAGAGCUCGGCGCUGGAAGGCGGCCCGCGCGCCCACCGGCCGGCCGGCUGGCUGCCUCCCUCUCUCCCUCCAGCAGCCUCGCUCUGCCCUCGGCCUGAGGGCGCAAAUAAAUAGAGGGCCGCCCCCCGCCCUGGGGGUGGGUGGGAUCCCUGUCGCCGCAGAGCGAGCCUUCCUUGCUUGCCACCCCCCCCCCCGGGACGGCGGCAGUAAUGCUAUGGCAGGGCAGCGAAAGCUUCAUUUCCUGGUUGUCUGCACCGGGGGAUUCUAGCCAGCUUUCGUGAGUUCCAAGAUAAGCUGCAAGCUCAUCCCUUAAACGAGAACGUCACAGUGCCUUAAGGACAACAAGGUGUUCCUUAAUUUAAAGCUGUGGACUAAGUAAGGAGACAGUCUUCCUGUUUUUGUUGUUUUUUUGUUGUCAGUUGUGGAUUAAGUAAGAAGGAAGGAUUGGAAACAUCAGGAAGCAGAUAUGCCAGACACUUAAGGCUGCAUUGCUAAAGUUAGCUGACUUGCUGUCACCGCUUCUGGUUGAAUUGCCAAAUACACCAAAAACAACAUGUUCUAGAAGACUGAAUGACAAGAUUCUAUUCUAGCUGCUUCUGACCCUUGAAUUUAUCCUGGAAAAUGGUGUUCCAGAAGUCACCAGAUGGUGGAUGGGGCUGGAUGAUUGUACUGGUGUCCUUCUUUACCCAGUUCUUGUGCUAUGGAUCUCCAUUAGCUGUUGGAGUUCUCUAUCUAGAAUGGCUGGAUCUAUUUGGAGAAGGAAAAGGAAAGACUGCAUGGGUUGGCUCCCUUGCAAGUGGAGUUGGACUACUUGCAAGUCCUAUUUGCAGUUCAUGUGUAUCUGCUUUUGGAGCAAGACCUGUAACAAUCUUCAGUGGCUUUAUGGUUGCUGGGGGUUUGAUGAUGAGCAGCGUCGCACCCAAUAUCUACUUCCUGUUUUUUUCCUAUGGAAUUGUUGUUGGACUCGGGUGUGGCUUAUUGUACACAGCAACAGUAACCAUCACAUGUCAGUAUUUUGAAAAACGCAGAGGCCUUGCACUUGGUCUAAUUUCAACAGGAUCAAGCAUUGGGGUUUUUAUAUAUGCAGCAUUACAGAGGGAGCUAAUUGAACUGUAUGGAUUAGAUGGGUGUCUGCUUAUUGUUGGUGCAUUGUCUCUAAAUAUAUUAGCGUGUGGGAGUCUGAUGAGACCUUUGCAGUCGUGUGGCUCUGCCUUACCAGAGAAGCCAAUCCUCGAGAAGGUUCCAGAUCAAUACCUCAUUUAUAAUGAAAGAGAAAAGAACACUUAUGAAGAAAAUGUACUUGAAAAAGCCAGCAGUGAAGAAAAAGGUGUGAACCAAACAUCCUGUGGUGACUGCAAGCAGGAGUCAGCAAUAACUAAGAACAAUCUGUUAAUGAUAACACCACACGAGAGAGAGACUUACAGACGGAAAGUUGUAGAACGGACCUAUUUCUGUAAACAGCUUGCCAAGAAAAAAUGGCAGUUAUAUUUAGACUACUGGGGGGAAACGCUGGGACUUUUUAAAAACAAAGUAUUUUCAUCACUUUUUAUUGCCAUCUUCUUCUUUGACAUUGGCGGCUUUCCUCCUUCAUUGCUCAUGGAAGACAUUGCAAGAAGUUCCAAUAUUGGUGAAGAUGACACUGUCAUUCCUCUCAUUUCUGUCAUAGGCAUCAUGACUGCCAUUGGGAAACUUGUUCUAGGAAUACUGGCAGAUUUUGAAUGGAUUAAUACCCUAUAUCUAUAUGUCCUGACUUUGAUAUUGACUUCGGUGGCACUAGUAUUGAUUCCGUUUGCCCAAAAUUACAUCACACUGGCAAUACUUUCAGGGGUUUUGGGUUUUCUGACAGGCAACUGGUCCAUUUUUCCAUAUGUUACAACAAAGACUGUAGGAAUCGAAAAAUUAACACAUGCAUAUGGCAUACUGAUGUUCUUUGCUGGACUUGGAAACAGUCUUGGACCACCAAUUGUAGGUUGGUUUUAUGACUGGACAAAGUCUUACGACAUAGCAUUCUACUUCAGCGGACUUUGUGUUCUGUUUGGAGGGCUGCUUCUGUUGGUGGCAGCGCUGCCAUGUUGGAACACCAGGAACGGUAGCAAUCAAGCUGAAAAGCCACUUCCAAAUAUUUACUCCUACAAAGUUGCUUCCAGUGUGUAGGUGACAAGUGCGGAACAGUUGCUCCUCUUUGUAUACUGCACAGCAAGAUAUUUUUAGUAAUUUCCUCACUUAUUUAUGAGGCUAAAAAAACACACAAAAAUACAUUUUUAUACUACUUUGAAAUGCUUUUAGCCAGAGCCUCUUACCUGUACAGAUUGCUGGGUGUGGCAGAUGAAGCUCCGUUUUAGCACAAGGGGCCUUUUGCUGUUGACAGCGGUGCUGGAAACCGUAGGAGUGGAUGGGGCUAUUGUGCUCAUAUCCUGCUUGCGGGGUUCCCAUAGGCAUCUGAUGGACCGCUGUGAGAACAGGAUUAAAUGGGCUACUGGCCUGAUCCAGUAGGUUCUUACAUUCUUCACAAUCGGAAAGCCCUGCUUGUGCCUAUACAGCUGCAUUACAGCCUAAGGGCAUUAAUUUGUUUCCUUGAGCUCUAAUGUACACAUCAAGCUCCUGUUGCAAGGGCUUGAUGUUCCUUGAGCUCUAAUGUACACGUCGAGCUCCUGUUGCAAGGGCUUGUUCACACACAGAUCCUUUGUGUGUACAUGAAAGUGCACAAAGGUAUCUGAUACGCAGCCAGCAAUGUUCUCCUGAGACUUCCUUUUUCUGAUACGUAGUAUAUACUACAGUUUCACAAGUUAAAUAUUUUUCCAAUGGAACAAAAUGUAUUUUGAACCGACCUCUUGCUUUUGCUUAUCUUUGACAAAAGACGGCACAUUGCUUCUCUCUUCAGAAAUCUCGAUAACUAUGUAGUGAAAGACCUUUAAGACAAUCGGACCAUUAUCACCAUGAAUGUAAUGCGAAUUUGAAGUGCUUGCUUCUUUGGUAAGGUAAAUGCUUUCUGUUAUACAAUCUCAUGUGUUGCCACAAGCAGGAUUUGGGUCACAUUACUUGUGAAGUGAACAGUAUGGCAUGAAUUGCACUUCUAAAUGCCACUGAAGAUGCUGCUGUCCAAAUAUUUCACAUUUCACUUCUCCAGAAAAUGUGUUAAACCAAAAUCUGUGAAACCAAGGAAUAAAUAUAAGUUCUGAAACAACCA